AUGGGGAGCAGCGGUACUUGUUCACUUUGGAGUGGGUUCUUAGGAAGCGGGCAGCAGCAGCUCUGGGCAUCGGUGGCAGCAGCCAAGCAGAGGACAAGGCUAAGUCCAAGCUUUGAAACAGUUGAAGCCAAAGCCAAAACUAGACGUGAAGACAGGACUGCUCGCCAUAUUCGUAUCAGAAAGAAGGUGGAAGGGACCCCAGAUAGGCCAAGAUUGUGUGUCUUCCGUUCCAACAAGCAUCUCUACGUCCAAGUGAUUGACGAUACAAAGAUGCACACCCUCGCUUCCGUUUCAACCAUGCAGAAGUCCUUCUCUCAGGAAUUUGAGAACACUUCUGGUCCAACCAUUGAAGUAGCAAAGAAGGUUGGUGAAGUCAUUGCAAAAUCUUGUUUAGAGAAGGGGAUAAAUAAAGUGGCCUUUGACAGAGGUGGAUACCCAUAUCAUGGACGUGUAGCAGCCCUUGCCGAUGCAGCUAGAGAAUGUGGCCUUCAAUUCUAA